AUGGCUACCACUCCUCUCACCGCGAAAAGCAAGCUUGCUGGACCCGGCGCAUCCUUGAAAAUCACUCCUUCAAAUUCUCCAAUCCUCCGCCCAGGCACACGAUCUCCGAGCAAAACAUCCCAUCAAUCCUCGCUGUCUCUCCAGACUGUCAUUGGUACAACCACAACAACCCCCAAUGGAUUCUCGAGCCACGACCAGAGCAAGAGGUUCGCAUUGUGUGCGGGAUCGGCAGCGGUGCUUGCACAACUCGACGACGAUGCCAACAUAAGCCAACGCUUCUUCCGAGCCCGUCCCUCUGCAACCAGUGUAAACCCAUCGACUUCGUUCUACAACCAAUCAACUCCUCCAACGACCCCAGACCCCAGAUCACGUUCGCUAUCCCACAUCCGGUCUAACCCACACCUGAGUAUCACGAAUGGCUCUCCAUCCAGCGAGGCUGGAGAUGCUGGGAGCCCUAGGGGUUGGUCUUCGAGAGAAAGGAUCAAGGCUGUUACAAGUGUCUCGAUUAGCCCCAAUGGGCGGUUCCUCGCAGUUGGAGAGACCGGGUACAACCCACGAGUUUUGAUAUUUUCCACGGCAACAGAUGCUUUGCCGGAUGUUCCCCUCUCUAUUUUGAAUGAGCAUACGUUUGGCGUUCGCAGCCUGGCUUUUAGUCCCGACUCUCAGUAUUUGGCAACUUUGGGCAACCCAAAUGACGGAUUUCUCUUCAUCUGGAUGAUAAAUCUGAAGACAGGAUCAGCGAGGCUCCACUCCGCGAACAAAUGCACUUCUAUUAUUAAGGAUAUGUGUUGGGUCGGACGAAGUCUAGUCACUACCGGUGUGCGGCAUGUCAAGGUCUGGCGUCUUCCUACGAUUACACGACCUGCCUCUCCCACCAAAACAAGGUUAAAUGUUGAUGGAGCUGCGUCGCCAAAUCCUGCUCCCAAGGCGCUCUCUGGCAGGAAUUGCCUCCUAGGCGCGUUGGGGGACAGCGUUUUCACAUGUGUGAGCAGUAUUUCCGACCACGAGGCCGCAAUUGGUACGGAUUCAGGGGCUGUUUGCUUCCUCGAUGACCGCGAGGGUUCCCAGAGGAUGGUCACAGUCAGACAAGUUGGGUUCAGUAUCACGUCUCUGGCGGUGGACUUCGAUCAAGAGUCUAUCUGGCUCGGUGGUCGGGGAAGGCGUAUGCGGCGAGUGACAUUUGAAACUCUGCGAUCGUGUGCCUCCUCCAGGCCAAUGUCUCCCGUCCGCCUGGACAAGGGCUUGUUGGACAAAAAAAGCAAAGCACCUGCCAUCACCUGCAUGGGUUCUCUCAACUCCCACCUGGUCACGGUUGAGGCUACUCGUGAGAUCCACGUAUACCCUGUUCAUGGCCUACUUGAGGACAGUGAACAGGAAGAGGGUGAGGCCUCGAUGCCUGCGCAUCGAGAUCCCAUCCUUGGAAUAUGCCAUAUGAAACUCCCUAAUGACUACUCUGCAGACUUUUUUACGUGGUCACGUAAUGGUUCUGUCAAUUUCUGGGAUGUCAACGGGAAGUGUCGAGGGUCCAGAGUUAUUGAUCUGGACCAAUUCUCCGGAAACGAAGACAAUGCAGCGAAUGAGCUCAAGAUUCUGCGCACUGCGAAUGCAGAAUGGUUCAUAUCAGGUGAUAAAUUCGGUAUAUUGAGAUUGGUUACGAAUUCUGAUUGGACCUGUACCAACAAAGCCCGCGCCCAUGGCGGAGAGAUCACAGACGUUGCCAUUCAGGCAACGGAUGACUCCUGGCUAGUCGCCAGCUGUGGUCGUGAUCGAAUGGUGCAGUUAUUCGAGAAACGCGAAAAUGAACUUCAGUUGAUCCAAACUAUGGACGACCAUGUUGGGGCUGUCGGGCAGCUGAUGUUCAUCAAUGACGGCGAAAAGCUGCUUUCAUGCUCUGCAGAUCGCACCGUUAUUAUCAGAGAUCGCGCUACACGAGAGAUGGAUGGUGGAACAUGUAUCGCCUACCUCAGUUCCAGGGUCAUCACUCAAAAGGCCUCUCCCUUGUCAAUGGCACUUUGCCCGGACGACUCGAACAUCCUAUAUCUCUCCACUAUGGAUCGGUGUGUUUCGAAAUAUGACAUUCCCUCGGGAAGACACCUGCAUGGUUUCAAGGCAUCUGAUUCAGAGACUACUGAUGCUGUCAUACUGAGCUCUUUGACAGUUGCGCCCGAGAUCUCCGGCCAAAGCCCGAAGAUUCUCAUUGGUGUUUCGAGCACCGAUAAGUCCAUCCGUGUAUACGACCUGGAGCGGGAUCAGCUUCUCACCGGCGAAUUUGGACACACCGAAGGUGUGACCGAUGCUUUGUUGAUUGAGGGGCGAGAUGACUCCGAGGAGUCUCAGCCUCAACGCACUUUGAUCAGUACUGGUAUGGACGGCAUACUGAUGAUUUGGAAUCUCUCUGUCCAGCAACAGAUAUCGCCAGACAUUUCUCAGAGUACACGCGAUGAUGAUGAGAGCCCUACCAAGGAGUUGACAGUUGCAAGACCUCCUCUCAGAAAAGUGCUCUCUCGUAGCGAGCUAGCUGGCUUCCAACGUCCAGAUAGUCCCAACCCAACGACCCCAACGCCUACGCGCGAGUACUCUCCCACUCUAAUUCGCAAAAUGUCGAGAUUGUCACUGGCCCCAUCCUCUUUGAAAAACCACGCUCUGUCAGAAUCAACCUCGUCCCCAAACCGCCUCUCUCCCACUCCAAACUUACACCGGGACCGAAGCCGCCGGUCUCCCUCCCCCGUGAGCCCUAAAUCACGAGCUCCUGCCCGGAAACCUCAUAGUGCACGAACCAGCCGUCGCACAUCUAUCGACUUUCGCAACCGCGGCAAACAAACACCCCGCACCGAGUUUGGAAGCAUAGAUAUGUCCACCGAACAACUGUGCCGCACUCUCCGCGCCUACCGGAAAAAGGUGAACGGCUCAACCCAACCCAUUCAAUCUUCUAAGGAACUCGAGCGUGAAUUGAGCCUUACGCUCCGUAUCAUCGGCGGACGUGACAACAGCACCGACGAGAGCGGCGACAGCGGCGAGACCGAAACAGAUAGCAGUGGCAAGGAAAUAGACACAGAGAGAGGACCGAGUCACUCAUCUCCGAGAUCUUCCUGUGUUCCUCGCCAUAUGCCUUCUACCCCAUCGUUGCGGCCCCAAAGCGUUCGGCAAGUCUCACGCAGUCGGUCUUUUGACGCCUCUGUCACUGGCGAAUUCAUCGAAACUAUGGACCCAAAUGGCAUUCUGUUAUGGGAGUCAGUCACCAUACAACGGAUAUCAAUAAUGCCUCCCGAACACGAAAUAAAACGUGAACCAGAGCCCCAGAACGAUGAAGACAGACGUUCCAGCCGAAAAGGCAAAUUCCGCUUCAAGAGCUCAUCUCGACACCCUGAAUCCUCAAAACAUGACCACAGCCGCCAACACCGUAAGCGGAGCCAUGGCUCACGCGAAGAUGGCGAAUCCUCCAAGCGAAGACACAGAGAUCCACACCGCCACCGACCAGCUGAGCCAACCCAACUACCUGCUGCAGAUGCCUUCCGGGAAUCGCUCUUUGACGCCCUAGGUGACGACGAAGGCGCCGCGUAUUGGGAGUCCGUCUAUGGCCAACCGAUUCACAAUUACAGUGUCCCGCACGUUCAGGGGCCCCAGGGGGAGCUGGAGCAGAUGACGGAAGAAGAGUAUGUCGCGUAUGUACGGACGCGGAUGUGGGAGCGCACGCGUGAAGCACAAAUUGAGGAACAGGAGAGGCUACGGGCUGAGAGGAAGAAGAAGAGGAGUGAAGAACAAGGGAGGGCGGCGGCUGAGGAGAGGAGGGCAUUUGAGAGGGCUAUGGAUGAUAGUCUGAGGCGCGGGGCGGAGAGGAAGAAGGGGAAGGCUUGGGGUGAGGUUUGGGAGAAGUACUUGAAGAGAUGGCAGAAGAUGGAGGCUGAGAGAUUGAAGAAUUCCGAUCCUCCUCGACGGUUGAGGGAGAUGAUCUUUUGGCCUGUCAGCUCAGGAAGGAGGGGUGAUGUCGAUCCUGCUGCUGUGAAGGAGUUUAUGAAGCAUGCGCCCGAUGGGGACUUCCUGAAUACGCUGAAGACAGAGCGGAUUCGGUGGCAUCCCGACAAGAUUCAGCAUCGGUAUGGUGCGCUGGGCGUUGAUGAGGUUGUCAUGCGCAGUGUCACGGAAGUCUUCCAGAUCAUUGAUCGCAUGUGGAGCGAGAAGAGAGACCGUUGA